UUCAUCUUCUUCAAUGUCUGGUGAAACUAGAGACUUCUUCUUCUUCAAUAAUGACCAUUUUCUCCUCAACAAUACCACUCAUGACUCUAAUUCCUCAAUUGGGUUUUCAUUUCUAACUAAUAAUUCAUCUUCUUCUCUUUCUAAUUCAUCACAAUCUGCUUCAGCUCAUCAUGAUCAUCAUGAUCCACUAAUAGCCCGGUUUGAUGAUCAUCCUCCUUUCAUGAGCUUCGCUGAUACCCUACAAGUGGGCUCGACCACAGACUAUAAUUCUCUAUCCCGAGCAUUUGGUUUAAUCUCGCCUAAUUCCCCGAUAAACAAUCAUCCAAAUUCAUUGGAUCAACAUGUCCAACUUGAGCAGAAGCCGGCGCCUGUUACUCCACCAAACAGUAGUUCGGUUUCUAAUUCAUCAUCGAGUCAUGAGGUGGGAGGGGAAGAUCAUGAUGAAUCUAACAAGACUAAUAUCACUAAGUCCAAAGAGAUCAAUCAUCAUCAGCUCAAGGCAGGCUCUUCUGAAGAAGGAGCUGACAGCUCCAAGAAAGUCAUGAUUAAGAAGGCAAAUAAGAAGGUAGAAAAGGAGAGGCAACAGAGAUUUGCAUUUGUGACAAAGAGUGAAGUUGAUAAUCUAGAAGAUGGAUAUAGAUGGAGAAAGUAUGGUCAAAAGGCUGUUAAGAACAGCCCCUUUCCAAGGAGCUAUUACAGGUGCACAACUCAGAAGUGCAUAGUGAAAAAACGCGUGGAAAGAUCAUAUGAAGAUCAGUCGACUGUGAUCACAACGUACGAGGGACAACACAACCAUCAUAUUCCCUCGACACUAAGGGGAGCGGUUGCAGGGUUAAUGAUGCAACCCUCCAUGCAUAUGGGACAAAUUGGAGGAGGAUCCACUAUGAUGAGCUUUCCUUAUGAUCAAUCAUUCAUUGAACAAAUGGCUCCAUUAUACUUGAACUCUUCUUCAUCAUCAUCAACUUAUAAUACUAUUGGAAGUGGCUCCCAAAAUGGCUUAAUUAGUGCACCACUACUCCAACAGAUUCAUCAUCAGCUCACUGACUAUGGACUUUUACAAGACAUGGUUCCUUCCAUGAUCCUUAAACAUGAUGAUCAGCCACCACACAACUAACUCUAGCUAGCUCUAUAUUAAGAAUAACUUGACUAUAAUUAAUAUAUAUAUAUAUAUGUAUGUAAUAUAUUAUACAUAAUUAUGUUCAAUUUUCUCUGGCUUGAGCAAGUAGGAAAGGAUUGGAGUUUAAUUUUCAUGGUUCAAUAUGUGGUGCACGA